AUGGCGCCACAAGAGCAGAAGCAGGAGGCGGAUCGUCACACCUUCUAUGCGGGGAAGCCCCAACCAGACACGGAAUCCCCAGGCACCUUCCAAUCCAUCGAUCCCGCGACGGCGAAGCCCGUCUGCACCAUCCACACUUCCUCCGCCGCGUCCAUCAACGCCGCCGUCGACGCCGCGAAGACGGCCUUUCCCUCCUGGUCCGCCACCCCGCCCAUCGAGCGCUCCCGCAUCCUCCUUCGCGCCGUCGCCCUCCUCCGCGAGCGCAACGACGAGCUGGCCAAGAUCGAGACCCUCGACACCGGCAAGGCCUUCUCCGAGACCCAGUACGUCGACGUCGUCACCGGCGCCGACGUCCUCGAGUACUACGCCAACCUCGUCGCCUCGGGCGGCCUCAACGGCGAGUCCUUCCGCCUUAGGCCCUCCGCCUGGUCCUACACCACCAAGGAACCCCUCGGAGUCUGCGCCGGCAUCGGCGCCUGGAACUACCCCAUCCAGAUCGCCCUGUGGAAGUCGGCCCCGUGCCUGGCUGCCGGUAACUGCAUGAUUUACAAGCCGAGCGAGUUCACACCCUUGCACGCCGAGUACCUCGCCUCCGUCUACCGCGACGCCGGCGUGCCGGACGGCGUCUUCAACGUCGUCUACGGCGCGGGCGACGUUGGCGCCCAGCUCACGACGCACCCGAAUAUCGCAAAGGUCAGCUUCACGGGCCAGGUGAGCACGGGCAAGAAGGUCGCCGGCGCCGCGGCGGGCGGUAUGAAGUACGUGACCAUGGAGCUCGGCGGCAAGAGCCCCGUCAUCGUCCUGCCGGACUGUGACAUCGAGCAGGCCGUCGACGGCGCCAUGCUCGCCAACUUUUACAGCUCGGGCCAGGUCUGCACCAACGGCACGCGCGUCUUCAUCCCCAAGGCCAUCAAGGCCGAGUUUGAGAAGCUCGUGCUCGAGAAGAUCCAAUACGUCCGCGCGGGCGACCUGUUUGACCCGGCCACCAACUUUGGCCCGCUCAACAGCAGGACGCACCUCGAAAAGGUGCAGGCGUACGUUCGCAAGGGCGUCAUGGAGGAUAAGGCGACGCUCCUGUGCGGCGGCGCGACGCAGCCCAAGGGUCUACCGUCGGCGUACAAGUCUGGGUUCUGGAUCCAGCCGACCGUGUUUACGGACUGCACUGACGACAUGGCGAUUGUCAAGGAGGAGAUUUUCGGCCCCGUGAUGAGCAUUCUUACCUACGACACCGUCGACGAGGCUGUGCAGCGAGCCAACACCACGGACGUCGGUCUCGCGGCGGGCGUGUUUGGUCGGGACGUCGACCAGUGCCACAGUGUUAUUCAGAAGCUUGAGGCUGGUAUCACCUGGGUCAACACGUGGGGCGAGUCGCCUGCGGAGAUGGCGGUCGGCGGGUGGAAGUCGAGCGGUGUUGGUGUGGAGAAUGGACGGAAGGGUCUUGAGGCGUGGGUGAGGAACAAGAGCACGCUUGUUGAGAUGGGCGGUAGCGUGCCGACUGUCUUCUCCAAGUUGUAA